GUUAUGUGCUUGUAAAAAAUUUUUCGACAGUAGAAAAUUUCUUUGAUCUCCCCUGUGCAUCUUCAUCAAUUGAAGUUUUUCUUUGUUCUUCUUUGUCCUUGGACAUGUCCCUGAUAAACGUCAAUGACAUUGAAAGCAAGUGUUUCAGAAUGCCAUAUUGGGCCAAUACCAUGAGUACCGAUUGUCAACCAGGGUAUUUUAUCAUUGUAAAGAUGUUGUCAUCGCAUUUUACAAACAAUGAUUAAAAUUAAGUAUUCUCUCCUAAGAACAGACGUGAGCUCUUACGUUAUAUCUUUAAAAAGCUGCCUGAGUUAGCAUGCCUGAAUCGGGAAAAAAAAUAUCGUUAUCGACAUUUUCUUACAGUAGAAUGAUUCACUAAUGUGAUAAUGAUAUUUUUGAAAAUUGUGUUGAUUUUUCAUCUACGAUUUAAUGCCAUUAUUUUAAUUUAAAUUUUAUAAAAUGCAGUAAGAUCCAUAGAAAUAGUCGGUAAAAUCAUCUAAAAAAUUACAAAUAAUUUUUUUAAAAAAUGCGUUUUGAAUUUUUUUUUUUAAUUUUGCACUUGCUUUCAACUCUUACAAGAAAACUCCACACUUGGUCUAAAAGAGCGCACUUUACGUCCUCGGUACACAAUAUACUAUUCAUUUAUUUUCGAUUUUUAUUUCAUCAUAUAAUGUAUCUUUCAGAGAAUGCUCAGCGACGUUGAAGCGGAUGGCGAAAAAAAAGAAUUCCGGGAAAAAGGAGCUGCCAAAAUUCUUGCCGUUCAAAACGGUGGCUGAACUGUUGGCGUUCGAAGAAAUUUCCCAGGAAGAUUAUAACGACGUUGUUGACUAUUUGGAGUAUUUAGGAGGCUAUAAUGCUCAUGAUGCCGCUGCUAUCUACCUUAAGCAGUGCUUCCAGCCGACGGCAGACCUCGUGGAGAAGGUGACUUGGCUUGGCUCGCGGAAGAACGGCAUAAGCGCAUUAAAAGAUACACGAUUUGUGCAAGCUUGUGAAGGUAAAAAUAAUUUAUUUAUUUGUAGGGCUUUCCCUUGCAAGAGUCUAAGUCGGAAUCAAUAUAAUUUCUGCACAUAUACAUAAAUAUAAUAUUUUUUAUUUUGCAGAAGCUAUGUCACAAAAUAAAAGGAUUGGGGAGGCUACCAAGACGGACUUAGCCACGGCGAUGACAAAAGCACUGAAGUGCGUAAAAGAGGAGUAUCGCCGCAAGAAAGCCAUCAAGCGUGCUGCUGUCAUCCCUCUGGAAAAUGGGCCACUCCUACAAAGAAGGAGGGUCGAGGAA